AAAGAAAGGCUAAAAGACGCGCAGUUUUAUUCAGUUGAUGUUCAAGCAGCCAAAAAUGCCAAGCAUCGGAAUCCAAUUUCACGUGACUCGACUUUCUCAGAUUUGUUUCUCCGUGCAAGUCCAAGUCCGCUUGAUCAAACAUCCUUUGCGCCCGCAUACACAAUGAGGCCAUCAAUGCGCCUCCCAUUGCGGGAGGCAAAAUACGUUUGCUCCAGCUGCAGAGUUGGAGCUAACCCACGCAUCUCGCCGCUCAACCAGCAAUUCCUCCGCAAUGCCUCCGACUCCCCCGGAUUCCUCGAACGCACCCGGCGCGGGCUCUGGGGCACAGACAAGCCACCAGGCCCGAAAGACCCCUACUCAGGAAGCCAGAUAAUGCCUCAGGAAGAGACUGCGGCUGAAAGCACCGAUCUUUCCCCCGGCAAAGCAGAAGAGGAGACAUCACUCCCCGAUGAAAUGGAUAUCCAUAGCCUGGACUGGAAAAACAUGCCCAGAGUCGGUUACACCAAGGAUAAAGAAUGGAUCGUCAAUGGCGCGACCUACGCCGACAGAGUCAAGCCAUGGUAUAAAAAAAAGUCCCCGCUAUCGCUUGACAAAGCUCUUCACCAGGCUGUCAUUGAGUUCAGUGUGAUGAGCAUGCUCGGUAAGACUUACGGCGUCCUGGAGGGCUAUGAAGACCGUUCGCAGGGUAUUCUCCAAAAUUGCAGUAUCGAGGGCGAGUCCGCAGAAUGGGGUGAUCGCCUUCGAUUCAGCAGCAAGGACACGCGAGACUCAGUCGUUACCUUUUUCGGUCAAAUCGCCAAACCAGGUACCACAAAGGAGAGCCUUUUCUCUCAAUUAAGCGACCAGGGAAAGCUGAGAGAGGAUCAAUUCUGGGAAGGUGGAAAGAUCGAAGCGAGGAAGGAGAGCACUGUGUCAUCUCUGCCAUUGAAUGACCCAGAGCUGAAAUUUGCCUUCUUUACUCGCCUUUCUCAACUCACCGGCCAGCGUAUCCCCGAUGCAAUCUACUCUUCUGCCACUGCUACAACUGUCGGCGAGGCCAUUGCUGCCUACAAGGAGUUGAUUAAGCAGUCAAUCAAGAUGACCCCUACGCGUCUCCAUGAGCAGCUUGCCAAGAUCGGCACUGAAAGCCUGGGUAACGUCAAGAUUUACGACUCGCGCCGGACUCGCCAGGACAGCGAUGAAGAUGUUGGCCGCAAGAAGGUCAUUGUUACUUCGCUGUACGAGAAUGGUCUGAUCAGCCACCCCCUUGGAAAGAGGAAGGAGUGGAUCAAGAUGCAGAAGAAGCAGGAGAAGGAGGCGGCCAAGCAGGCGAAGCUGCAGAUGAACUAA